UGACGGCGGCUUCACUGAUCAGACACCCGAUGGAGAACCUGCACCGCCCACGUGGUACAGUUGGAUGGACAACGUUGCCGAAUACAAAAUAAAUAUUGACAUGAAAUACUCUGAUAUCGAAAUUCCCACUAUCGAUAACGUAAGGAACGCCUGGAUGGUGGGAGCGAUUUUGUUGAACGAAGACAAUGCCUUGUGCGUGGGCCCAACCGGCACGGGUAAAACUUUGACAGUUAUUGGAAAACUCAGCAAGAACAUGCACAAGAAAUUUAUAUGUGAUUUUAUCAAUUUCUCGGCUAGAACAACAGCAAACCAAACACAAGACUUAAUAGACUCGAAACUAGAUAGAAGAAGAAGAGGAGUAUUUGGACCUCCUGUCCUAAAAAGGCAGGUGUUUUUUAUUGACGACUUUAAUAUGCCAGCCUUGGAAGUCUUCGGUGCACAGCCACCGAUAGAGUUAAUCAGACAAUGGAUGGAUUUUGGUGGAUGGUAUGAUAGAAAAAAUAUUGGAGAUUUCCGCACGAUAAUUGACGUUAACUUUGUCGCUGCCAUGGGACCACCUGGGGGUGGUAGAAAUCCUGUUACUGCCAGAUUAUUACGGCAUUUCCAUUAUUUGGCUUUCAUCGAAAUGGAAGAAGCAAGCAAGAGGAAAAUAUUUGGUAGUAUCCUGAAAUUUUGGCUAGGCAGAACGGCAAAUAUGCUACAAUAUUACGAAUCGAUUUUAACUUCUACUUUAAUAGUUUACGAUACAAUACUGAAAGAAUUGUUGCCCACUCCUGCUAAAACUCACUAUACAUUUAAUUUAAGAGAUUUGAGCAAAGUAUUCCAAGGAAUUCUUAUGUUCGAACCUUCUACCCUUGAGGAUCCGAAUGAAAUGAUUCGUUUGUGGUACCACGAAUGCUGUCGCGUAUUUCAAGACCGCCUGGUAAACGACGAAGACAGGAUUUGGUUCGAGAACUUACUCAGCAAGCAAAUCUCCGACUUUUAUCCUGUUGAUCCCGAGGUCUCGUUGGGAGUUCGGCCUAUUUUGUUUGGGGAUUUUAUCGAUCCCCAAGUCGACAUGGGACCGUACGCCCAAAUAACCGAUUUCGAAAAGUUGGACAGCUCCCUUAAUUAUCAUUUGGCCGAAUAUAACAUGCAGAGCACUAAGCCGAUGAAGCUGGUACUGUUUUUGGACGCCAUGUCUCACGUUUGUAGGAUUUCCAGGAUAAUCAGGCAGCCGAUGGGAAACGCAUUAUUGUUAGGCAUGGGAGGAUCAGGGAGACAAAGUUUGACGAGACUGUCCGCUUUCAUAUCGGAAUAUACAUGUUUUCAAAUCGAAUUAACGAAAACCUACUCCAACUACGACUGGCGAGAGGACGUGAAAAAACUGAUGUUGAGCGCCGGCCUGCAAAAAAGGGAAACCGUAUUCCUUUUUUCCGAUAGCCAAUCCGUAGCACUCCAAUUCCUGGAGGACGUCGAGGACCUGGAUGUUUCCCCUGAAAUUUUGCAGGGGAUCGUCAUGGUGUUCCAAUUUAUGCACGCCAGCGUCGUGGAAGCUAGCGAACGCUAUAGGCAGGAAUUAUCCAGGCACAACUACGUCACUCCCACGUCCUACCUCGAACUGCUUUCCAGCUACACGGAAUUAAUGAACAAAAAGAGGGGGUCGCUUACCGAAGGAGUUGGUCGAUUAAAAACAGGCUUGGGUAAAUUACAAAGUACAGCUGAGGAGGUGAAAGUACUACAAUUACAGUUAACGAAAAUGAAACCAGCAUUAGAGAUAGCGGCUAAGGAUGCCGAAGAAAUGAUUAAAACAAUUGCCGCUGAUACGAUACUUGCGGAAGAGACUAAAGCAAUUGUUGAAAGGGAAGAAGAAGAAGCAGCAAAGAAAUCAGAGGAGACUCAGAUUAUUGCCGCUGAUGCUCAGAAAGAUUUAGAGGAAGCUAUGCCGGCUCUCCUCGCAGCUGAACAAAGCUUAAAAUCUCUAAACAAAAAUGACAUUAUUGAGGUUAGGUCCAUGAAAAGGCCGCCAUCUGGUGUUGUAUAUGUUAUAGAAUCGAUUUGUAUAGUCAAGAACAUUAAACCUAACAAGAUUCCAGGAUUAAGACCAGGUGAAAAGAUCCUGGAUUACUGGGAUCCAGGAAGAAUAAUGUUAGCAGAUCCCGGAGUAUUCUUGUCAUCUUUGAUGAACUUCGACCGUGAUUCGAUUACAGCUGAAAUGAUUGACAAAUUGAAGAAAUACGUGGAAGAUCCUGAUUUUACUCCACUAAAAAUCGCCAAGAUAUCUAAAGCUUGUACUUCUUUGUGCAUGUGGGUUCACGCAAUGUACAAGUACUAUUUCGUGAAUCUAGUUGUCGCUCCUAAAAAAGCGGCCCUCAAAAAGGCCCAAGAUGAUUUAGCGGAGACUGAGAGAAUUCUUGCGGAAGCCAAGGCUCGGAUGAAGGAUGUAUCGAUACGAUUGGAGAAACUGCAAGUUCAACUGAAUGCGAAAAUUGCCGACAAAGAGGAAAAAGAGCAAAGUAUAGCAGUGUGCGAAGAAAGAAUGAAUAGAGCUGUCAGAUUAAUCACAGGGUUGUCAGAUGAGAAAAUCAGGUGGAUUGAAACUAUUGAAAAUAUCGAAAAAAAUGUCAUAAAUGUAACCGGAGAUAUCUUAAUAAGUUCUGGUUCUGUAGCUUACAUGACGCCUUUUACUGAUCAAUACAGACGCCGUUUAUUUACUGAAUGGAUGAAGCUUAUUGAGGAAUGCGGUAUUCCCUUUACUCCCAACUGUAAUCCGGUCAGUAUUUUGGGAGAACCUGUCCAAAUACGAUUGUGGCAACUGGACGGCUUACCCAGGGAUUACCUAUCUACCGAGAAUGCCGUCUUAGUAUCUUGUUCGCGUCGGUGGCCUUUGUUUGUUGACCCACAAGGCCAAGCUAAUAAAUGGGUGAAAAAUAUGGAAAAAAAUCAAGGUCUCUCUGUCUGCAAACUUUCCGACAAGGAUCUUAUGAGAACGAUUGAAUCAGCUAUACGCUUUGGGAAACCCGUCCUGAUAGAAAAUAUUGGCAUUGAACUAGAUCCAGCUUUAGAUCCCAUACUUCUACGACAAGUUUACCAUCAAGGGGGGACGUUGAUGAUUAAGCUAGGCGAUGCGGUGAUACCGUACGACAAUAACUUCAAGCUAUUUAUAACUACAAAGUUACCCAAUCCUCACUAUACUCCCGAAGUUUCCAUUAAAGUUUUGCUAGUUAACUUCACAGUGGUAUCAAGUGGUUUACAGGACCAGCUUCUCGCAUUGGUCGUGAUGCAAGAAAGACCGGAUCUGGAAGAACAGAGAAGUCAGAUUGUUGUGAGCGUAGCUCAAAUGAAACACGAACUCAAAGAGAUAGAAGACAGGAUACUGAUUAAAUUGAGCGCUUCAGAAGGUUCUCCGUUAGAUGACCUCGAUUUUAUUAUUACUUUGGAAGCGUCUAAAGUCAAAAGCGACGAUAUAAAAAAUAAAGUAGAAUCGGCUGAGAUAACGCAGAUAGAUAUUGAUAAUACGAGGGCUUUAUAUAUUCCUGUUGCCAUCAGAGCUCAGAUUUUAUUCUUUUGCUUGGCUGACUUAUCCAACGUAGAUCCUAUGUAUCAAUAUUCGUUAGAGUGGUUUAUAACUAUAUUUAUAUCGUCAAUGUCGGAAACUGAAAAAUCAGAGGAUAUCAACGUACGGGUGCAAACAAUAAACGACCAUUUUACCUUUAAUUUGUUUGCUAAUGUAUGCCGAAGCCUAUUCGAAAAACAUAAAUUGCAUUUUGCCUUUCUCAUGUGCGUCAGAAUCUUAAUGGAUCUUAAAAAAAUUGACCCGCACGAAUGGCACCAUUUCUUAGCGGGUGGAAAUCCAACAUUGGAUAUACCCAACCCUGCACCCAGUUGGUUAUCUAGCAAAUCUUGGAAUGAAAUUCUAGCAUUAGCGGUCCUACCAACGUUUAAGCCUUUGGUUUUAGCUUUCAGUAAGGAUAUUGAAAAUUACAAAGGAAUAUUUGAGAGCCCUGAACCACAUAGGGCAGAACUACCUCAUCCGUUCAACAAGACGCUAGACGGGUUCCAAAAAAUAGUGAUACUCAAGAGCCUCCGACCGGACAAAGUGACCAACAGCAUGCAGGACUUCCUAUCGCAAAAGCUAGGCCAGCAGUUCGUCGAGCCGCAAUCCUCCGAUUUGUCGGCCAUGUUUAAAGAAUCCUCCUGCGUCGUUCCGCUAAUAUUCGUGCUGUCCGCUGGCACGGACCCCGCGGCCGAGCUCUACAAGUUCGCUGACAGGAUGAAGUUCGGGAAGAGGCUGCUGUCCAUCUCCCUCGGUCAGGGACAGGGGCCCAGGGCCGAGAAGAUGAUCAAGGAGGCGACGGAGGCGGGGUCCUGGGUCUUUUUCCAGAACUGUCAUUUGGCACCUAGCUGGAUGCCAAGUCUGGAGAGGAUCACUGAAAGCAUCCUUCCAGAUGUUGUUCACCGUGAUUUUAGGAUCUGGCUUACUUCCACACCGUCUCCAUAUUUCCCUGUCUCUAUUUUACAAAAUGGCAUUAAGAUGACCAUUGAACCGCCCUCUGGAAUAAAGGCAAAUAUCCUGCGAGCAUAUAGGAAUCAAGUGUCGGAUUUGGCAGACUUCAUGCAAUCAGAACACAAAAAGGCUGGAGAGUUUAAACUGCUGACAUUUUCUCUUUGCUUGUUCCACGGAAUAUUAUUGGAAAGAAGGAAGUUUGGACCGUUAGGCUUUAACAUACCCUAUGAAUUUACCGAUGGAGACUUAAAAAUCUGUCUUUCCCAAUUGAACAUGUUUUUGCUCGAAUAUAUAGAUAUCCCCUUUAAGGUUUUGACAUACACAGCAGGUGAAAUCAACUAUGGCGGUAGAGUUACAGACGAUUGGGACAGGAGAUGUCUAAUGAACGUUUUAGCUGAUUACUAUAAACCUGAAGUUGUUCAGGAAGGUUAUGUUUUCGACCAAAAUGAGCUUUACUAUCAGUUGCCUACAACGUCCAUGUUUAUCGACUAUAUGGAUUACAUAAAAACAUUCCCCAUAAACGACGACCCUGAACUAUUCGGCAUGCACCCGAACGCUGACAUAACGUUUGCCCAGGCUCAAACUUAUAGAUGUCUGUCGACUUUGUUAAAGUUACAGCCGAAAACAGUGGGCGGAGCGGCCGCUAGCCAGGAAGAAGUAACUUCCAAAUCAGCGAAGAGUAUUUUGGCACAACUACCCCCGCUAUUUGAUUUGGAUUACAUAAUGAAAAAGUACCCCGUUCUUUACGAAGAAUCACUAAACACCGUCCUCAUCCAAGAAGCUAUAAGAUAUAACAAACUGUUGACGGUACUACGUAUCACGCUCAACGAUUUACUGAAGGCACUAAAAGGACUGGUGGUCAUGUCAGAAGUACUAGAAAAAAUGUCUUUAAGUCUUUAUAGUAAUAUGGUUCCGCAAAUAUGGGCUAGCAAAGCUUACCCUUCUUUGAAACCAUUAGGUGCAUGGGUAACCGAUCUACUCGCUAGACUCCAAUUUCUAAACACUUGGAUCGAUCAAGGCAUACCGCCCAUUUUUUGGAUAUCUGGAUUUUACUUUCCACAGGCUUUUUUGACAGGAACGUUACAGAAUUACGCGAGGAAAUAUAUAGUAUCCAUAGAUACAAUAAACUUCUCAUUUAAAGUACUAGACCAUUUUCCCAAACAAAGACCGUCCGAUGGAUGCUGUAUCUGGGGUUUGUUUCUGGAAGGAGCCAGAUGGAAUGCGUCGAUGAAGAUAUUAGACGAAUCUAAUCCCAAAGAAUUAUAUAUAGAAAUGCCGGUGAUAUGGUUACUACCGGAAGAGAACCACACUAGACCUCCAAACGUGUAUGAAUGUCCAGUAUACAAGACACUGACAAGAGCUGGAACGUUGUCAACAACUGGCCAUUCAACAAAUUAUGUGUUGAGUAUAGAAAUUCCAGCGAAAAAACCUCAACCCCAUUGGAUUAAACGAGGUGUAGCUUUAAUUUGUGCAUUAGAUUAUUAAAUAAUAGUUUUAUUAUAUCUGAUUUUUUAUAUAUAAAUAUAUAUAAA